AUGGCCACAGCACAUGCACUCCACAUUCGUGUCACGCUCAUGCUGGAAUCCCAAUCGAACAGCAUCAAGAUAAGGUCGUACUUCUAUGUGACCACGGCUGGUUUUAAGAUGCUGAAUCCUUCCAGUGAUAAAAUCGUAAUUGAGAAGCUGCUGCAUUUUGAAAGUGUUAAAACUGUUCGACUGACAAUGACGGCUCAGGACACACCGUUACCACCAGCAGACGUGAAGCCCUCCUAUACCGCGACCACCACCAUCCUGGUGAACAUCACAGACAUUGACAACAGACCGCCAUGGUUCCAGCCGUGCACAAAGCACAGUAUGGGCGAGGCUGUGAUCUGCCAGGAUGCUGGCUACACUGGCAACGUGGAUCUAAAUGAACAAGAGGUGGGCGCAUUGCCGCUGAAACCAGGGCCGCUGUACGCUGUUGACGGAGACGAAAGCAUAAAUGCACCGAUCAUGUACUCCUUCCUAGGUGAAAACCCAGGUGGUCUGUUUGACAUCAACUCAACAUCUGGAAACAUCACUAUGACGAAGGCAACUGAUGUCCUGGGCCCCAUCGAUCUGACAGUGCUGGCAGCACAGCUGGACAACCAGUACCAGUUUGCCACCACCACAGUCACCAUCAGCGUGAGGGUGAAGAGUCUGCACCCCCCUCGCUUUGAGAAGCAACAGUAUGACGGUGUCGUCGCUGCAGCGGGAACCAUGGUCAUGGACAUGAAGAACAAAGAGGAGCCGCUCAAGAUUCUCGCCAUCGAUGAGGACUACGCUGGCGCCGGGGGUUUAAAUCCAAAGGUCAUCUACAGUGUGACGGGGAGCAGCGCCUUCUCCAUCAUCAGCGGAUACAUGUUCCUGACGGAGAGCCUUCCAGCCGGCACGCUGUCUCUGCAGGUGGAGGCAGUCGAUGAAUCCAACGGAGAAUCAGCCACAGCUCAGCUGUCAGUGGAGGUCACAGCAGGUCUCUCCAGCACCACAGUACGUCCGAGCACACCAGACAUCACAAGUCCAACGCCCACAGAAGAAACAAGCACCAAUGUGUCCACCACAGAUCCCAGUGUGUCCACCACUGGUCCCAGUGUGUCCACCACAGGUCCCAAUGUGUCCACUGCCAACCCCAGUGCAACCAGUGACAUCAUCACCUCCUCCACCAAUCCCAGUGGACACACAGGUGAGUUCGGGACAGAGGACAUGCUGGCUGUCGGCAUCACACUUGGUAUCCUGCUGCUCAUCAGUUUGGUGGUCAUUGGCCUGCUGGUUUAUCAGAUUCAGAUUGGGAAAACGGAAUGGAAGAAGAUCUAUGAGGCCAGUGUCUUCAGAAGCACCCUGGGGCAGGGUCCAGGUAGUCAGAAGAUGGGAAUCCAGUACACCAAUGACGGCUUCUAUAAGGACGAAGAGGACGGCAGCGUGGCCUCCAGCGGCCCAGACGCCGGUGGAGCACCGCAGGUGCAUACAGAGAGCGUCUCCCUUCAAAAGUCUGCCAUCAUGUCCAUGGCAACCCUCAACACUUUGCUACCCGACAACGAGAGCCAAGCAGGUUCGGACAGAACUGACAGCGAGAAGGAGGUGAAACCAAUUCUAACCAAGGACAGGCGCUCGGAGGACGGCUACAAGUCCGUGUGGUUUAAGGAGGACAUCGACCCCAACGCCAAGCAGGACGUGGUGAUUAUUCCUGACAGCAGAGAGGACAACGAGGAUGAGGACUGGGAUGACGGUGGACAAGACGUGACCAAAGGGAUGCCAAAGGUGGUGUUUUCAGACACCGAUCUGGACAGUGGACUCGGGAUGAGACUGGAGGACCAGAUGGACGACUCUGACGAGAAUGAGGUGCUGUGACAAACCCAACGAGUUUUAUUGUGAUCAACGACUCAAAGGCACAAAUUCAUCCAAUCAUUUAAAUUCAGAGCUUCACUUGUUUUUAGACCCUUUAAAUGUUCUUCAUGGACAUUAAUCAUUU